GGGGUGGACCGUGGGAUCAGUCCGGAAACAGAGCUCUGUGAGCGGACCCACGGAGCUCCAGCAGGACGGAGCAGCCUCCAGGUUCCUUCCCGGAGAUCCUCUCUCCUGCCCCGCGGAGCUCAGAUGAAUUGACCGGAGCGAGGACACCCUGAAGCCCGCAGCUGCUGCAGCCGCCUCCGGCCACGCGGCCUCAUGGCGUCCCGGCUGCUGGAUCGUCUGAAGCGCUCGCUGUUUAAAGACGUUCACUGGGCGGUGACGGAACAGGAAGCAGCUGACACACAGGAAGUGGAGGCGUUCGAUGAGGACCGGCUGGAGGCGGAGCUGGCGGAGGAGGAGGAGUGUGUGAGCGAUCGCCUCGGGGGGACUCUGUCCUUCGACAGCGCCGGGGGAGGAGGAGGAGUGGAGGAAAGUGGCGAUGGCGAGGGGCAGGACAGUGACUCCGACUUCCUGGGCGAGUCGAUGGAGGAGGGGCUGAGCAGCACAGACGCCAGUCCUGUUGGCCCCUCCCCCUCCGCCCUGCUGACACGGCAGCUGCAGGAGAGCUGGAGGAACAUGUGCCGACUCGACGGAGGAAGCCCCGCCCCCUCGGGACGACGGCUGACGGACGACUUGUUGUUUGAGGUCACGGACGCCAGUGUGAUGCAGGACGGCUCCUCCAAGUACGUGCUCUACACCAUCCACGUGAUCCAGACCGGUGGCAGCGAUAAGACGCCCGCUGUCAUCACCCGCCGCUACUCCGACUUCCAGCGCCUUCACGCCACGCUGCGGCGUUAUCACUCCGACCUGAUGGAUCGGGUGUGUUUUCCACGAAAGAAGCUGCGGAGGAACUUCGUGGCGGAGACGAUCGCCAGGCGCAGCCGGGCCUUCGAGCAGUAUCUGUCUCACCUGUGUUCCCUGCCCAGCCUGCGGGGGGCGCUGUGUGUGCGACAGUUCUUCUACCUGAGCGACCUGCAGACCGGGCAGCUGCUCAUCAGGGAGGGGCGUUUCCAGGAGGCGCUCGGGCCGCUGCUCAACGCCAAGCGGCUGCAACAGAAACUGGGCUGGGCCAGUGACUACGACCUCCAGGCUCAGGCCCCGCCCCCGGCCCCCUCCCAUUGGCUCUUCACUCUGGUGGGGCUGUCGUGCUGUUUCCAAGAAGUGGACCAGCUGGAGGAGGCGGGGGAUCACUGUGACCACGCCCUCCGUGUCCUGACGCCCGCCGACACCCAAACUGACGAGCAGGACAAGCCCCUCCCACAGACCCCUGCACCCCGCCCACACAUUGAUAGACCACACCCCCUCCUGUUGCCGUUGCUAGGGGCGGUCGUUCGGCUUCUGUGGCAGACGGGAAGAGACAAACGGCAGUGGGAGGAGCUUCUGCAGCAGCUGGAGGAGCAAGGGGCGGGGCUUGACAAUCAGCCAACCAUGAUCGAGUUUCUGGUAAAACACGACCUGCAAGAGAGUGAAGGGGGGUUGUCAUGACGACGCACAUCGCAGUACAAUCACGAAGAUACAUCCAAAAACAUGAUCCCGAAUAAAAUUUGAUACAGACGAAAGUUAGAGGAAGAAGAAAUCUAUGCGCGAAAUUAAAAAACAUUUCAAGAAUCUUAUCAAAGCCUUAAAUGAAAAGUAAGUUAUUAUAAAUCAAAACAAAUUGAAAGAUUUUAAGAAUUUUUCGAUAAACCUUGCAUUCACAAGAAAAAGUCUAAAUAUUUAAAGAAAAAUGUGGAAAAAAUGUAUAUUAAUAUUUCAACAAACAAGUCUUUUAUUAUAAAUUAUUAUGAUUAUAAUUUUAAAAAGUUCAAUGGACAACAAAAACAUUUUAUUUAAAAAAAAGUUGUAAUAUGUUGACAAAUAAGGACAAGUUGGAUUGUUUUGUGAUAUUUGAGUUAAAAAUAUCAAAUCCCAACAUUUUCUAUAAAAAUAAUUGAGUUUUGAUGGUUUGUUGUUCAAACUUUAAAAUGAAUUCAAAACUGUGGCGCCUCAGAUCAGGAGGUGAGAGAAGCUUGGACUUCACAAUAAAACUAAUAAUAAUAAGGAUAAACACUAAACACUACUCCUUCAAAUCUUAGUUGUGAUGAGCAACAAAAAUCCAUAAAGGGAAAAACAUUUUCUUCAAAAAGAAAAUGUAGAAACAUUAAUUAAUCUUUAUUUUAGAUUUCUGAGGACAAAGUGAUGAUUGUACGAGAAAAAUAAGUCGAGGAUUUCCGACCUGAUGUUUGGUCUUUUUAACAACGACAUUAAGAAACACGUUUUUUACUUUGAGAAGAAAUGGAAUCGUUCACACUACCAUGACGACAGUAAAAGGGAAAAUGUUUAGAAAUAUUUGUUCUGCCCGUUAAAUGUUGACUGAUAUUUAACAGAAUCAACCAAUCAGAACAUCUGUUGUUACGUUGAAAGGUCAUUUUAUAUUUUCCUGCACCUUCUGAAGAAUAUGGCGACAAUUCAACGCCACGGCGACCGCGUGGUUACCGUGGUAACCGCGAGCUGUGGUUGUAUCAUAACUCUACGAAGUUCUAAAAUACUUCAAUAUGAAACAUUGUUUUUCACUUACAUGUAAGUUUGACACAUUUACUGCACUUUGUAUUUUACAUCAUGACUCAGCAUCUUUAGCAGUUUUCACCUGUCGUGCCUCAUUUGAAUGAUUUUAAAAGUGUUUCCUGUUUGUAAAGUUGAACCGUCACUGAGGCAUCAAAUCAUCGAAUAAUCUUCAUCAGUACGAAGCACUUCCACCUCCUCCUCCUCCUCCUCCUCCUCCU